GGGUGGGGGGCGGAGGGGCACUUGCGGCGUCGGGGUUCGGCCGCCGGACACUUGGAGGGUGCGCGAGGGAGGGCGCGUGCGCGUGCGCGCGCACGGCUGACAGAUGGCGCAGUCGCCGCGCUUUUGAGCCCCGCGUCACCCCUCAGCUCUCCAGCGGUGCCGAUUAAGAAAUCCCAGGGCCGGUGCCAAAGGAAAAUAUGCGAUAGGCUGGAGGAGCUGGCCGAGCCCACCGCCGAGUGAUUUACACCUUUCAAGGGAGAACGGCUGUGUGUGUGUGUGUGUGUACUGAAUGGACGAGGACGGGGGACGCGCGCCCUUGACACAUGCCCACUCCUGUGGCACGCUGGCAUGGCUCACGUGUAACUCCCCUCUUUUGUUGCCUUCCCUCAGGUGCGUGCAGACCCUGCUGAUGCUGUUUGCGCCACUCCAGCAGAUCUUUGCAGAGGAGAGUGUGGACUUCCGAAUUCAUGUGGAGAACCAGACCCGGGCGCGGGACGACAUGAGCAGGAAGCAGCUGCGCGUUUACCAGCUGUACAGCCGCACCAGCGGGAAGCACGUGCAGGUGCUGGGCAGGCGGAUCAGCGCCCGUGGCGAGGACGGCGAUAGAUAUGCCCAGCUCGUUGUGGAAACGGACACUUUUGGGAGUCAAGUGCGAAUCAAGGGCAAGGAGACCGAAUACUACCUGUGCAUGAACCGGAGGGGCAAGCUGGUGGGCAAGCUCAAUGACAAAAGCAAGGAGUGCGUGUUUGUGGAGAAGCUCCUGGAGAACAACUACACGGCGCUCAUCUCGGCCAAGUACUCGGGCUGGUACGUGGGCUUCACCAAGAAGGGGCGCCCGCGCAAAGGCCCACGGACGCAGGAGAACCAGCAGGACGUGCACUUCAUGAAGCGCUACCCCAAGGGCGUGCCCCCCGACCCCCAGAGACCCUUCCGCUACACCACCGUCAACAAGCGGACUAAGCGCAUUCGGCCCACCAGCCCCAGGUAGGGGGCGCCGCGCCCCGUGGUCACACCUGUACUGGUACGCACGCCAGCGCCCCUGGCGGAUGGCUCCCAGGGCGCGGCCGGGCACCGAGGACGGAACAUUUGGACUACGGCGCCCCCGGGAGGACGCCACCGACGUCGGACGGACAGUCGAGACUUGGGUUGGUUUGUUUCUUUGUUUUCCUUCGUUCCCGACAGACGGGGUCCGAGGUGGGCGACCCCGAGCCAAGCCGACAGGAAAGCUGCUACACGAGAUGCCAGCGGGCCCGGGAGGGCCGGGAUGCGACGGACACCUUGGCACGCACAAGGCGACUAUUUAUUUCUUCCUUCUCUGUGUAUUGCAGACCCUUCACUUAUUACUGCCUCAUUAAUAAUAAAAAGUCCAAAACGCCAACCUGACGGGGCUGCUGGGAACGCAUUGAAGCAAUCGGGGCCG